CGAUUCUUUCUACAUCUGUCACUCGCAAUUGUGGUGCCGUUGACUAAACUUGCGAUUUUGCCUCACAUUCAAUUACACAAAAUCCACCUUAGGCUUUUUUGGUUCAUUUUGGCUUUCUUAGAAAAGUGUUGGUGUUGCAAAAGUUUUUUGGACUUAAAGUACAGAAAAGCAUUUGAAAUUUCCCUAAAGAUUUUCCUCAGGAUAUUUUCCUUCAGCUGUGAUUUUUCUAUUAUUUUUUAUUUAAAUCAACUUCCUUUUCGCAAAAGAGCCAUUUUUGUGUGUGAGUGAAAAGUGUGAUUUCUAGGAAAAUUUACCUCUAUACUACUCAAGCACUGUUUGAGUCAAAGGCGAGGAUAAAAAGAUUUCGGAACCAACUGAAAGCUGAAAGGACGACUUCUAUGACCACACACUAUUUCACGAUGGAUGCCUAAAAGCUUCCUCAUCUUCCCAUACAGAGACAUAUAGAGCUCAGCAAAAACAUUCUGAGAAUAAUUGAUAGGAGAGAGAUUUUCCAAGUAGCUCUUAACGAGCCAGGUUCAAAAUGCAGCAGCUGAACGAUGGCUACGGUGAUGACUAUUCUGAUGGAUAUGGGCAACAACGUCCACCGCCGGCUCACUAUCAGUCAGCCAGACCAAUGGUUGACCCUGAAGCCGAAGGCGAGGUUGAUCCCAAUCUAUAUCCACAGCCGAAAGAGUCCACGCAUAAAAUUCGUGGACGCUAUGAUAUCAUCGAGAUGAUCUGUGGUUCUGUAGAUCAGGAACUACUUUUCGUUAAGACUUUUUACUUCUUCUUCUAUGCUGCCUUUGGGUCCCUCUUUCCUCUGAUGGGCGUUUAUUUCAAGCAGAUGGGAAUGAAUCCUGGGCAGUGUGGCCUAUUGAUCGGUAUUCGUCCUUUUGUGGAAUUUCUAUCAGCGCCAUUUUGGGGCAGCUAUGCAGAUCGCUGCAAAAAAGGCAAGAUUCUCCUGCUGGCUUCUCUCUCGUGUUGGAUUCUGUUCACUCUUCCGCUGGGAUUUAUCCAGCCACCAGCCACCAGUUGCCUGGAAAGACGCAAUGCCUCUGACUAUGAGCUAAAAGUCCCACAGGUGCCACGUAUUCUCAAGAGAUCGAUCACUGAUAGUUCUGCCGAUGAACUUGAGGAGAGUUUUGGGACAUUUGCUAAAUCUCAGCGAUUUGAACGCAUCACCCGAUCCGUCAGACCUUAUGCCGAAGCUGGGCAGUCCCCUCUAGAUGUUCGCUAUGCCUCGAACUACAAUGCAAAGAUUCAUGGAAGCUGGGUCUCACCACUUUUCUCAUCAAUCGUUUACAGAACAGAGGACAUCCAAAAAGCUUUCUUUCUCCUGAUCUUAUUGGUUAUCAUCGGAGAGUUCUUUGCAGCUCCAGCUAUUACACUCGCCGAUUCUGCCGUUAUUACAAUCCUAGGCGAGGAAUCAGAUCUAUACGGACGACAGAGAAUGUUUGGAUCACUGGGCUGGGGAUUGGCGAUGUUCUUUGUGGGAAUUGCGCUUGAUCAUUCAACGGCCUUUCCUGAUCAUCCCUGUGGGCCCGAAAAGGAGGAAAAGAACUACACUAUCUGUUUUGCAACCUUCUCAGUUCUUAUGGGGGCUGCCCUCAUUACGGCUACGCAAAUUAACUUCAAGUACGACUAUGAGGAGCCUUCUGCAACUGCAGAAGCUCCGAGUGAUGUGAAACCGAGCAUUGAGGAUGAGAUGCAGAAUCAAUUGGCUGCUCAACUUCAGCUUCCUUCCCUAGCAGCGCCCCCUAAGAGUUCAGGACCUCUACCAGCCGACUUGGGAGCUCAGACAAAAGUUUUUGCCCAGACAACACGCGAGAUGCCCGAAUGGAUGACUGUUUUGAAGCAAUUUAAGAAUCUCAAAUGUGCCAGCUUUCUCUUCGUAGCAUGGUUCAUGGGAUUCGGUAUUGGGCUGAUUUUCACGUUCCUGUUCUGGCAUCUGCAGGAUUAUGGUGGUUCCCCGACUCUCUUCGGUGUGGCUUCAGUGAUCAAUCACAUCAGUGAGAUCUUUGCCUAUUGCUUCAGUUGUCGCUUUAUCGCUCAAAUUGGACACGUAAAGGUGCUAUGCCUGGGCUUGGUUGGGAACAUUUUGCGCUUUCUGUACAUCUCUUACCUCAAGAAUCCCUGGUGGGUGUUGCCCUUUGAGUUCAUGCAGGGAAUCACACAUGCUGCUGUAUGGGCUGCCUGUUGCUCCUACAUUGCACACAAUACUCCCCAGCCACUUCGAUCUUCUGCACAGGGUGUUCUUCAGGGACUGCAUCAUGGAUUAGGACGCGGCUGUGGAGCUGUUAUUGGAGGGAUCUUUGUGACUUAUUUUGGAACUACGGCUACUUUCCGAGGCUAUGGAAUCUGCUGCAUGUUCAUCCUUGCUGCUUUUGUCUUCAUCAACUUCUACCGUAAGGAACAGGGAUUUGUCUCUGACAUUCCCAUGACUGAGGAUCCUCGCCAGCUGGCCGAGGAAGCUGCCCAUUUGGCCCCACAUGGAGUACCCAGCAAUCCUCUCCCACGUGCCCUGUCUAGCACUCGCCUCAACGAAGUUAAUCCUAAUGAAAAUUAUGGUUCCUCCUAUCAAUCUACUGGAGGCAACUUGGAUAUUCCCGGCGGUGCUCCUAGGAAUCCCUUCCAGAAUUAAACGGACAUCCCAUCAAUCACCCCAAAAACUCGCAUUAUUUUUAACCACCAAACAGGCAGAUUUCACUAAUUGUUUUUUAGGGAAAAAUAAUAUCCAAAA